CAAAGUGCAAGUAAUCUCUUUGAACACUCUCUUGGUUAUCAUUUCUCCAUGUAGCAAUCAAGUCUACGUUUUCAUACGUACAUUUAUAAAAUUCUGAUAGCUAGUCGGAUCUGAUCCGACCCAUGUGGUCUGUGCAACACAUUUUUUGUGGCAUACGUAUAUUAUCUUCUAUAAAUAUAUAUAUAUAUAUAUGUAUAGGAAAGGCACCAAAGAGAGAAAGAGUAGGACGUCUCAGCUAGCCUCAACCAAUUACCAAUCAACUCCCUAAUGGAUUCUUCGGCAAACGACGUCGAUAAUCGACGACCGCUGCUUCAACAGCCCCUCCUUAAUCAUGAAUACCACUCCUCUUCGCCGCAAAUUAUUCUGUCGUCCUUUGGAAAAGGCCACCACGAAUCGAGCGGCCAACUCGAAACAAUACUCUCCAACACCAACGUACCAUUCGCUCAGCGUUUUUGGCCUGCUUUAAAGAUCGAGCUCCGUCUACUCUUCUUCCUCGCCGCCCCAGCCGUGAUCGUCUACAUGAUCAACUAUCUUAUGUCCAUGUCCACUCAAAUCAUCUCCGGCCACCUCGGAAACCUCGAACUCGCCGCCUCCUCUCUUGGCAACAACGGCGUUCAAAUCUUCGCCUACGGCCUUAUGUUGGGAAUGGGAAGCGCAGUUGAGACAUUAUGUGGACAAGCCUUCGGAGCACAAAAGUACGGAAUGCUGGGAGUGUAUCUACAGAGAUCAACCAUACUCCUCACCCUCACUGGAAUACUUCUCACGUUCGUAUAUAUUUUCUCGAAGCCUUUCCUGGUUUUCCUCGGGGAGUCGGAGAGAAUCGCAUCGGCGGCUGCUCUGUUCAUCUACGGCCUUAUUCCUCAAAUAUUCGCUUACGCUGUAAACUUCCCGAUUCAGAAAUUUCUGCAGGCGCAGAGCAUCGUGGCGCCGAGUGCGUACAUCUCGGCAGCCACGCUGGUGGUCCACGUAGUACUCAGUUGGGUGGCUGUGUACAAGAUUGGGAUGGGCUUAUUGGGCGCUUCUUUGGUUCUGAGCUUCUCUUGGUGGAUUAUUGUGGUGGCCCAGUUCAUUUAUAUUGUGAAGAGCGAGCGGUGUAAGGAGACUUGGGCCGGGUUUAGUUGGGAAGCGUUUUCCGGGUUGCCGAAAUUUUUCAAGCUCUCGGCCGCUUCUGCCGUUAUGCUUUGCCUGGAAACCUGGUAUUUUCAGAUUUUGGUUCUUCUUGCUGGCCUGCUUGAGAAUCCAGAGUUGGCUCUCGAUUCACUUUCCAUUUGCACAACUAUUUCCGGAUGGGUAUUCAUGAUCUCAGUCGGGUUCAAUGCAGCAGCAAGUGUGAGAGUGAGUAACGAGCUGGGAGGAGGGAAUCCAAAAUCAGCAGCGUUUUCAGUUAUAGUGGUGACAGUGAUCUCAUUCGUGAUCUCAGUGAUUGCGGCAAUAGUUGUGCUUGCCUUACGCGACGUCAUUAGCUACGCCUUUACAGAUGGUGAAACCGUUGCCGCUGCUGUAUCUGAUCUCUGCCCACUUCUUUCCCUCACUCUUCUCCUCAAUGGGGUUCAACCCGUUUUAUCAGGGGUUGCUGUUGGGUGCGGAUGGCAAACUUUAGUUGCAUAUAUAAAUGUAGGCAGUUACUACGUGGUUGGAAUCCCUUUAGGCGUGCUUUUAGGAUUUUACUUCAACCUGGGUGCUAAGGGAAUAUGGCUAGGAAUGAUUGGAGGAACUGUUCUUCAAACAUUGAUACUUUUGUGGAUAACGUUUCGGACGGACUGGACCAAAGAGGUAGAAGAAUCGCUCAAGAGGUUGAACAAAUGGGAUGACCAGACCAAUAAGAAACAGAUUUUGAACACAUGACUGAAUGAUGAUUAUCACCAUAUAAUUAAUUAACUAUUUAGCAUUUUAGAAGAAAAAAAACUCAAUUGUUAAGCCAUAUUAUUAAUUUUUUUUUUUUUUGAAAAGGUACUUAAGCCAUAAUAAUUUACAAAUUAUAUUUGUAUUACUUUUCCCAUUUAUUCGAUUGAGUUCUUUCUCUUUUGCUUUGGA